AUAAACGAAUGUGAGCGGGGCAACGAAGAAGUGGCAGUGUUGUUAGCUUAGUAAUGCUGUGUACGGACACAGAGCAGCGUUUUAUGCCGAGUAAAUCUAAAAGUAUUUUUAAACCAAUGAUAUUUGCCUUUCCGGCUCUGAAAAGUGGGGAGAUAAAAGGACCGAGGACAACAUCGGCACUGUUCUUCGUUACCAUGUCGACACCUCACGCCACGUGAGAAGCCCAGGCCUGCGUUUUUGUCGUCUUGUUUCACCCCCCUGGUGAACUUCCAAUGGGGAAAAGGAAAGACAUGAUCCACCCCAGGUUUCUAGCAGCCGAAGGCAGCAUUGGGCUUCACAACGCUCACAAACGGAAACACAAAAAGCAUAAAAAGCACAAGAAAAAGCACCAUGGUUUUCCUGAGGCCCCGGAGCCUGAGCCUGUCGUGCCACGACCGCCACCACAACUUCGACUCAAGAUCAAGCUUGGAGGUCAAACACUGGGAACCAAGAGUGUUCCCACCUUCACUGUGCAUCCCGGGGUCGCCUGUCCUCCGUCACCUCUGAUGAUCAUCAAUAAUAAAAAUGAGGAAGACAGUGAUGAUGACGACGAGGAUGAGGAGGAUGACGACGAUGUGCCCUCUGUGCCUCUGGAGCAGUAUCGAGCGUGGCUGGAUGAAGACAGCAACAUGGCAGCUUCUCCUCUACCUGACGUGGACUCAGACUCACUGCUGGAGGGGCCUGUGGAUGAGGAGGAACGAUGGCUGGACGCUCUGGAGAAGGGAGAGCUAGAUGAUAACGGGGAACUGAAGAAGGAAGUGGAUGAGUCUUUGCUCACUGCCAGACAGAAAGCGCUGCUUCACAAGCAGCAGAGUCAACCACUCCUGGAGCUUCCUAUGGGCUACAAGGAAAAAGAAAUGACCGCGGAGAUGAUGCAGAAGCGGGAGGAGCGGGCUCGGAAAAGACGGCUGCAGGCCGCCAAGAAGGCGGAGGAGAACAAGAACCAGACGAUAGAGAGACUUACAAAAACCAGCAAGGCCAAGAUUAAGAGCAUGAGAGAAAAGAAGGCCAAGCAGAGUCAGUGUCCCACCAUUCGCUACAGUGACUCUGCACAGGGGGUGAUCAUAUCCUUCCCAACUGGGAUCUCGGCCCCAGCCCCAGCCCCUCCUCGACCACCACCACCCGCGCUCGUCAGCUGUGGGGUCAGUGGCUGCACAAACCAGAAGAAGUAUUCCUGCUCCAAGACUGGGGUUCCUCUUUGCAGCUUGGAGUGCUACAAGAGGAACUUGAUGUUGGUGCAGAGCGCUGCCUGACAGUGGUGGACACAGUCAGCAUCUGCAUUUGACUUUCAAGGAGUCCAUUUUGUGUCAAUUGUACAGACCUUUUUUUUUGUCAAACUUCAACCAGGAUUGAAAGACAUUCAUGAAUCAUGCAGAUUUAAUCAAGACAAGGCCACUGGAGAAUAAUUGUGACAUUGAAGCCUCCGCAAUAAAGCUCAUCAUGAAAUUGGUAAAGAUCAACCAUACAAGCAGACGUGCACUGUGACACUGAGGUAUUUAAUAUUUUCACUCCAACAUGAAGCACAUCUCCCUGAUGAUACAAGAACAGAUUUUUAGCACUAAGGCACACCACAUUUUGUUUCUGUACACGUGUAUGGAAACCUCUGGCUCUCAAAGGAACAUCAGUUCUGACUCUACAGGGACAAGCCAAAGGAGAGUCUGAAGGCCAUUUCGACUGGAACCUCCGCCACAGAGUCGUGGAAACAGACGUAGAACUCCUGAGGGACUGGCUCCAGGAGCAUCCGCCUGAAGAUGGACGAAGAAGACAAAGAAAAAAACAAAUUGUGUUUCAUGUAACUGCCAAACACAGUGUCGGAAAUGUCUGUCCUUCCUCCACUCAUGUUAUUAUCAUCAUUCCUCAAAUGAUUUAUGAUGAAAGAAUCAAAACACAACAAGCUUUAGCGCUGUAGGAGGCAACUUGUUUGAUAGCAGGGAUGAGGGGCUAGUCAAAACGGCACGACAGAUUUAGUCAAAAACUUGUGUUACAAUUAUAGAGCUUGGGAUAGAAAAUAUUCGUGUGCUAUGUCAAAGAACUUCUGUAUUAAACAUGUUUUGAAGCUGAAAUAUAAAUAAAUAUUGAACAUAGGGUUCUCAUGCAGAUCCUUGAGGUGCUUCAUACGUCACUGAGACUUUGACCUUGUCAAAAGGUCAAAUAAUCAGAUUUGUAGGAAGUUAUAAGUGACAUACCCAAUGACCCAAUAGGUCAUGGUUGGGGCUGGCUUCCUCUGGUCCGUCCAAUUCUCUGGUUUGCACUGAAACAGGACUCCGUGUUCCUUAACCGGACCCAAACCCCAACCGCAGCCAUGGGGUCGGUCUGCUGCCCGACGACCCUGAGUUUGACAUUAACCACAGUCAGAAGGAAAAGAGUAAAAUCAAAAGGAGAUGACUUUCAAACCAAAUUCUAUAUACUGCAUAUACUAUAUACUGUAAAAUGGUCAUCUUUAUCUGUAAUGCAAUAAUUCAGACAUGAGCCAAAACAUUUUCAUGAUUUGCGAAGUGAAAAUCUUCUGCAAUCCAUUCAGCAUGAAUCAGGAUUUUCACCAACACAGCCCAAGCCACAGAUUAUUGACGGAGAAGGCAACUCACUCGGGCCGGCAGGCUCUGCUGGAAAGCAGCACGGAUGGACAGACAACAGUGGUGGAAGUUGCGGAUGAGUUGUGGAUGAAUGGAUCCACUGAGCUGAGCCACUUCUUUGUGAGUCGGAGCGAUGAAGAUUCCCUGCAUGCUCUCCAUCAGGACGUAGUGGAACAGGGUGUUCUCUGCACCCGACGUCAGCCUGUGGAUGGGAAUCAUGUGUCACUGGAUUCCGUUCCUCAAACAACUAACUGCCAAGAAAACUUACUUAGAGAUGUUGCAGACCUCAGUCUCUCUCUCAGUCAGGGUCUUCUUCAGGGUGCCCAGGUAGAAGGGGUUUGGCUGCCUCUUUCUAGGAGUCUGUGGCGAAAAUAUGGCAGUUUAGUUUUAAAUGUUGCUGCAAGCCAACUUUUGAACAAUGAUCGUGUUUUGCAGAGAAGAAUUUCUUGAUACUUGACCUUAAAGAGGCCGCUGGUGUCAGACCCUCCGGACAGCGAAUGACGCCUCCCUCUGAGCUUCCGCUCAGAAUUUGGGGUGGAAUGAGGACUGUAUCUCACUGUGGAGCCCGUGGCCAGCUCACCCUCGACCCCGCUGUCAGAGAGGCUCCUCUGAGGACUGGGUCGCCGUGCCUUCUCCUUAAACAGGCUGCGGCCCAUGGACCCCACCGACGAGCUCCUGACAGCUCCUGCCAGUUUACUGAAGAUCGGGGACGAUGAAGUCAGACUGUCGAGACGCUCCCGAGUCGUUGAUGCAGGAAGAAGCCAGUCGGCACAAGACAGACAUGGAGCUGGGGGAGCAUUCAGGCGCUCCUCUAUACCAGCUUCUAAACCUUCCAACUGCAGCAGCGUUGCUUUCACCUGGGAUCAGAGCCUUCGGUCAGGAGGCAAACAUUUAGUGAAAUAAUUUCCAGUGAGACGGAAACACGCACCUGAUCUACAUAGACACAGUCCGGCCCUGGAGAGCCCACAGCUGGGGAGGCACAUCCUCCUGCUUCCAGCAAGACACACUGCAUGAAGUGUCUCUGAACAGACGAAGAUGUGUUCACCGUGAGCGUUUGACAUAUUCAACUCACAUAUGUUGAAAGAAAAUCCACUAGAUGCCACUUAAAGUAGAGGACGCACUUCUGAACGAAUAGCACUGGCAGGUUUAAGGCGUGUUUUCUUUUGUGUCAGUCACCCCACCC